UCAGAUAACGCAUCACGUGAACAUUUUAUCACAUGAUUUGGUUCGAUUUAUAAAAGUCCUUGUCAGCCGGUAUCUUUCUUUGCAUUUACUGGAAUCUCACCAUGAAGGCAUUAAAUAUUUGUUUGUGCAUCCUUCUUGUUACCGUUUGCAGUGCAUUACAGAGAAUCAAAUUGAAGAAGUUUAAGACAGUGAGAAGAACUUUAGCCGAAGUUGGCACAUCCAUAAAAGCUUUAGAAUGGAGAUAUGGCUCAGACCAAAUCAGAGGACCAUCUCCUGAACCCCUGGUAGACUAUAUGGAUGCACAAUAUUAUGGUCCAAUCACAAUAGGAACGCCACCACAGACCUUUAAUGUUAUAUUUGACACUGGAUCAUCUAACUUGUGGGUACCAUCAAAGAAAUGUCAUGUCACUGACAUUGCUUGUUUAUUGCACCAGAAAUAUGACAGCACAAAGUCAAGUACUUAUGUCAAGAAUGGAACUGCCUUUUCUAUAAGAUAUGGAACAGGAAGUUUGACUGGUUUCCUAAGCACUGAUUCAGUAACAAUUGGAAGCAUCACUGUGAAAGGUCAGACUUUUGCUGAAGCAGUAACCCAACCAGGAAUUACAUUUGUUGCAGCCAAAUUUGACGGUAUUUUAGGAAUGGCCUAUGAGAGAAUUUCCGUAGAUGGUGUUACUCCAGUUUUCUAUAACAUGGUUAAACAGAAUUUGGUGCCAGCACCAAUCUUUUCAUUUUACUUAGACAGAGAUCCCACUGCAAAAGAAGGUGGAGAGUUACUCCUUGGAGGCAGCGACCCAAAGUUAUACAAAGGAAACUUCACAUACGUUCCAGUCACAACACAAGCAUACUGGGAGUUCAAGAUGGACGGAAUCAUGAUGAAUGGAAAACAAUCCGAUUUCUGCUCAGGAGGAUGUAAGGCUAUUGCUGAUACAGGUACCUCCCUUUUAGCUGGACCUGUUGAUGAGGUCACAAAACUCAACGAGAUGAUUGGAGCUAAACCAUUGGCACAGGGAGAGUAUGUAGUUGAUUGCAGCAAAAUUGACAGCCUUCCACCAAUAAGCUUUGUUUUGGGAGGAACAACCUUUACCCUUACAGGAAAAGAAUACAUUCUUCAGGUUUCACAGGCAGGGACAUCAAUUUGUCUCAGUGGAUUUAUAGGACUUAAUGUUCCUUCCCCCUUGGGACCCCUUUGGAUUUUAGGGGAUGUUUUCAUUGGUCCCUUUUAUACUGAAUUUGAUCUUGGAAAUAAUAGAGUAGGGUUUGCACAAACCGUACAACCCACCCGAAAAUGGAAUUUGCAUUAAAUGUAUUUGACCCAGUAUACAUCUGCCAGUGACAAUAGAAUGAACAAUUUAUUUAGAAAAUCCUGGACAAGUUUAUUUGAUGCAAAUUUCAAAAACCUACACAACCCUUUUACUAACAGUUUAUAAUAAAUUUACUGAUUAUUGUCUUGAAGCUAAAUGUUGUCAAAAAUCUUGUUCAUGUAACACUUUUGACCAUUUUAAAAUAUUUAAAGACCAAAAAGAACUUUAAAAUAAAAAUUUCGAUGAAAAAAAACCCCCAAAAAUCAGUAUAUUUAUCAUACAUUUUAAAAGCAUGCAGUGUUUAAAAGAGAUGUUAGAUUAGCAACAUAGAUAUAUUUAUUUUAUUAUUAAGCUGUAAUCUAGAUGUAAAUGUUGAUCUAAAAGAUCCAGGCUGUAUUGUAUGGUUAUUUCAUACUAAUUAACAGAAUUUAUAAAUACUAAAAAUUGCUAGCAAAUUGUAUGUUGCGACUAACAACAACUUAGCUUAUUGGAUGAUUGUAAAACAAUCAAUUCAAACAUUUUUGCAUUAUUUUGAGGGAAUUUCAUUAAUGUUGAUAACAAUUUAAUAAUUUCUUACUGAAAGAUUAUUUGGGCUUCUUUGCAUAAUGCUUAUUGUGGUAGAUCUGUAAAAAUGAUUUUUGAAGUGAUCUCGUUCAUAAAUGUCUAUUGUUUUCCCUUUUUAUAUUUCAUGUUUGUAUAUUUGUGAGUUUUUACAUACAUAUAUUUUUGUUUCUGGAUAGUGACAUAAAUUAUCCAUGCAAUGCAGAAGAAUGCAGUUUUAUAAAGCAAAAAUGUUACUUAAUAGCUCUUUAAUUUUUUUUUAAAGGGGAUUGAGUUCUCAAGUUUUUUAGAAAAAAAGAAUCUCUGGAAACUUCAAAAGUUUUUAACUAAUUUUUAAAACUUGAAAUUGUGAAUUAUACCUUUGUUUACUUCCAAUUACAUAAGCAUUCCAAUAAAUUUUAUAAUCUAAGACUAAGCUGUUUUUUUUUU